UGACGUCCUGUCAGGCGGUGCUGGUUUCCGUCUUUUCUGCAUCUGUGCCUCGUGGAAGGAGGACAUAUCUGUGUCUGAAGAUGUCUCAUCGUAAAUUCUCAGCGCCUCGCCAUGGUUCCAUGGCGUUCUACCCGAAGAAGCGUGCUUCUCGUCACCAGGGUAGAAUAAAGGCGUUCCCCAAGGAUGACCCGACCAAGCCGGUCCAUCUGACGGCGUUCCUGGCCUACAAGGCCGGUAUGACGCACGUCGUGCGUGAAGCCGAUCGUCCGGGUUCAAAGAUCAACAAGAAGGAGGUGCUGGAGGCCGUCACUAUCCUGGAGACGCCUCCGAUCGUGGUCGUCGGUGCCGUCGGCUACAUCGAAACUCCGUUCGGACCGCGUGCUCUGUGCAACGUCUGGGCCCAGCAUUUAUCCGAGGAGUGCCGUCGUCGUUUCUACAAGAACUGGCACUCGGCCAAGAAGAAGGCUUUCACCAAGGCCUCGAAGAAGUGGACCGACGAUCUGGGCAAGAAGUCGAUCGAGGAUACGUUCAAGAAGAUGAUCCGCUACUGCAAGUUCAUCCGUGUCAUCGCUCACUCGCAGAUCCGUAUGGUGAAGCAGGGCCAGAAGAAGGCACACAUCAUCGAGAUCCAGCUGAACGGUGGCUCGGUUGAGGAUAAGGUUAACUGGGUGAAGGAGCACCUGGAGAAGCCGAUUCCGGUGUCGCAGGUGUUCUCGCAGGACGAGAUGAUCGAUUGCGUAGCCGUCACCAAGGGUAAGGGCUUCAAGGGUGUGACCAGCCGUUGGCACACGAAGAAGCUGCCGCGCAAGACACACAAGGGUCUGCGUAAGGUCGCUUGUAUCGGUGCGUGGCAUCCGUCCCGUGUCGCCUUCACCGUUGCCCGUGCUGGUCAGAAGGGUUACCAUCACCGUACCGAGCUGAACAAGAAGAUCUACCGCAUUGGAGCCGGAAUUCACUCCAAGGAUGGCAAGAUUGUCAAGAACAGCGGUAGCACCGAGUAUGAUAACACCGAGAAGACCGUCACGCCGAUGGGUGGCUUCCCGUUCUACGGCGAGAUCAACCAGGACUUCCUGAUGCUGAAGGGUUGCUGCAUCGGUGCCAAGCGCCGUGUCAUCACGCUGCGCAAGUCGCUGCUGGUUCACACCAAGCGGUCGGCGCUCGAGCAGAUCAAGCUCAAGUUCAUCGAUACCUCGUCGAAGAUCGGCCAUGGUCGCUUCCAGACGCCGGCUGACAAGCGCGCCUACUACGGUGUGCUCAAGAAGGAUCGCAUCCGCGAGGAGAAGGCUCAGGCCGCCGCUGCCGCUGCUGCUGCUGCCGCCGCCAAGCCAUCGGCUUAAAAAGGGAGAAAUGCGCGAGCAUAAGGAGGAGGAGGAGGAUGUGGAAAAUGGAAGGAAGUUUGUGUGCUGCUUUUUCUAUGAGGAGUAGUAGCGAUUCCUCCUAUUUGGAUCAUCGGAUGAUACGGUGAAGAAGAAAAUCGUUCAAAUAUAUAUGCUCUACAGAGUGUUGAAAAUGAACUCUAAUAA